AGGAGUCUAGACCCCCUCACAAGAUGACAAGGAGUCUAGACACCCCACAAGGUGACAAGGAGUCUAGAAUGAGGGGAUGUUCCUCCCUUCCCAGGUGGCAAGCAACGGAUAACCUGGGUCCAUUCUCCUGAGCGGCUUCCCCCCAAGAGGACGAGGUCCAUGGCCAACCGUGGUCCAUUGGCUCCCGCAGGGACACCAGGCCUGGCUGGAGUCCUGGGAUUAGAGACGAGGUGAGUGGACCCCAGAGAGAGGGGAACAGGGAGGGCCCCUCGGUUCCUAGGCCUCCAGUGGGGGCUUGGGCUAGGAGAUCCCUCUUACUAGCUGGGGGUGGUCUGUGUCCUGACCACCUCCAUGGCCUGGGGCAGUGGCCAGAACCUCUCCACGCGGGGGCCGUUCAUCCUGCUGGGCUUCCCGGGGCCACACAGCCUGCAGACCUGGCUCUUCCUCCUCUUCCUGGUCAUGUAUGUGCUCACGGUGGCCGGGAACCUGGCCAUCAUCUCCCUGGUCGGGGCGCACCGGCGCCUCCAGACGCCCAUGUACUUCUUCCUCUGCAACCUCUCCUUCCUGGAGAUCUCGUUCACCUCGGCCUGUGUGCCCAAGACCCUGGCCACGCUGGCCUCGCGCAGCGGAGCCAUCUCCUUCGCCGGCUGUGCGGCACAGAUGUACUUCGUCUUCUCGCUGGGCUGCACCGAGUACUUCCUUCUGGCCGCCAUGGCUUAUGACCGCUACCUGGCCAUCUGCCUGCCGCUGCGCUACGGCAGCAUCAUGACGCCUGGCCUCUCUGCACGCCUCGCGCUGGGCUCCUGGCUGUGUGGCUUCUCUGCCAUCACCAUGCCCACUGCCCUCAUUUCCCGCCUCUCCUUCUGCGGCUCCCGCGUCAUCAAUCACUUCUUCUGUUACAUCGCGCCCUGGAUCGUGCUCUCCUGUAGCUACACGCGGGGUGUGGAGCUGGCGUCCUUCGGCAUUGCCUUCUGCGUCAUCCUGGGCUCCUGCUUCGUCACGAUGCUCUCCUACGCCUACAUCGUUGCCACCAUCAUCAGGAUCCCCUCCGCCCAGGGCCGGCACAGAGCCUUCUCCACCUGCUCCUCCCAUCUCCUGGUCCUCAUCUGGUACGGCUCCACCAUCUUCCUGCACGUGAGGACCUCGGUGGAGAGCUCGCUGGACCUGACCAAGGCUGUCACGGUGCUAAACACUGUUGUCACUCCGGUGCUCAACCCCUUCAUAUACACGCUGAGGAACAAGGAUGUCAGGGAGGCUCUGUGGCGGUCGGUGCAGGGGAAGUGAGCCCCUCUGAGCCCACAGCAGGGCCAUUGGACUGUCCUGUCCGUGGGAGCUAGCGCUCAGCAUU